AUGGGCAACCCAAAGGGCGGGAUCCCCUGGUAUCUUGACACUCUCGAACGAGUCCCCCCAUUGGCUCAACGUGUCUUGCAGGACUAUGCUGGCUUGAGAGAAGACGAAGUCGAAACGCAUAUUCUAAAGAUUCGCGAAAAAGCGUGGGCAUCAUCCCCAUAUCCGUGCAUCGGAUUAUUCCGUUUCCUCGACUUCUCGCUUCCUGACUCACCCCGAUAUGCCGAUGUCCUCCAACGCCUUAAAAGCGGCCAGCACUUGCUAGAUUUUGGCUGCUGUUUUGGACAUGACCUUCGAGCUCUUAUCACUGAUGGGGCACCUGCUGAGAAUAUUUGCGGCGCGGAGCUCAACGCGACUUUCCUCGAUCUUGGAUACGACCUCUUCCGUGAUCGAGACACGCUCAAGUCUUCAUUCUACACUGCGAACAUCUUCGACGACGAUGGCAAGUUGUGGAAGGAACGUCCGGAAGGAUUCGAAGUGAUUCAUGUUGGAUCCUUUCUACAUCUUUUUACUUUGGAGGGCCAGAAAAAGGCGGUUUUCUCCCUGCUCAAGCUUCUUAAGAAGCAGAAGGGGUCACUGAUUGUCGGACGUCAGCAUGGAAGCACGAAGGCCAAGGAGGUUCGCAACUAUCUUUACAAGCCAACUAAAGAAAGCGAGCAGAAUGGCCGUCUGGACACCUUCUUCAACCACGACUCAGAGAGCUUUACGCGCAUGUGGGAGGAAAUUGGCGAGCAGACGGGACUGACGUUUAUGGUGAAAACCGAAUGGGGCACGUGGGGUUCUGCAAAUGGCAUGGACCCAGCGUACUACAAUCUGUGGUCAUGGGAGGAUAAGGAUACGCUGCGGUUCAAGUUUUGGGUCGAAUUGGUGUAG